GCCUCCGGCAUGCUCCUGCCCAACGGCAAGAAGCGCCCGACCCGUGGACCAGCAGCGAAGAAGCAAAGGUUGGCCGAGCAGGCCACUGAUGGAGGGAACGAGGGCAAUGGACCGAGUGCCAAACCAGUCCUGACCCCAUCCGAACUCGCUGCUGUCGCUGCUGCCCUCCAGAGCAGCUCGGACAGCGAAGACCAAGAAGAAGGGGCAGAAGAGGAGACUUGCACACGUGACGAAUGCGUGAUGCCCGUGGACCUUCACGAGCCUUUUGGAUGGCAUGAAUCAGAGAUUCCUCCUCCUCCUCCCAUUCUGAAGGCCCAGGGUCAAGUGACAGAGGGAUUGCCGAAAAGGAGAUUGCCACCACCGAAGACAAAGGCUUCGGUGGCUGCUGCGCCGAGUGAGCCUGCGAUUGCAGAGUCGCAGGAUGAUGAUGCCUACUGUGGCCCUGAAGAUGUGCCACCGCCCACUGAGGAUGUAAGCAGUGCCAGUGGGGAGGAGGGUGGCAGGGGGCAGAAG